CGCUAGGUGCGAAUUCGCACAGUUCGAAGCUCAAGGGGCCUUUGCACGUUGGUGCCGUCUCUGAAACGUUCGUGGAUUUAGAAGGCUGUGUUCACCGGGAUCACGACGGACGAGCUGGUUGGCCAUUGUAGUGAAUGGAACAGAAAACAUUCAUUGACAACAUGUCUGGUUGCGCCGUGAAGCGGAGAUUUAUUCGUCGAUGCUGCAUGGCUUUUGUGGAAUUGGAGAAAAGAAACAAAAUAGCUUUAUACCGCCGUGCGUGAUUCGUCACUCGCUCUCCGAGAGCUAUAGUGUUGAUAAACGUUCCCCCUACGUCGUGGCGGUCACAUUAGGAGCUCUUGUUAAACGUACGCACGGUUUUGCAGCAAAAACUAUGAAUUAAAACACUCACUUUGCUUGCUCUUUCACUUUUAUCUACCGAUUUAUAAAACCCUGGCCUGCGCGUUCUGCAUGCGAGCAGGAGUAUGCGGCGAACUUCCAAGCAAGCAAGAGUGUUUCGGUUAAAGUCAAUGUUCGAUUGUUACCGGUUACCUAAAUUGUUGAGUGACUUAAAACGUGUAGAUGGGUUUCUGUGUGCCACAAGUAAAGCGAAAGGCUUCUGCGGACCCUGCUUCUGCUCGAUGGGUAAAGCUAUCUGCGUAAGCCUAUCCCACACAGAAAGGCGACGAAACCGUCGCACGUCAAUCUCGCAACUCCAGAAUGCUCCAGCGUUCCGUAAUAAGCAAAGAACAUUACACAAAGUCAGGUAUGCUAAUCGAAAACAGCAGAUGCAAUCGGUUCAUCCCCAGUGAGCCCACCUAUACCUUCCUGCCGGCGCCAUUGCAACCCGCGCACUGAUACCGCUGAUACGCGUUUGAGGAACAAGCUGACGUCACUUCUAAACAUGCGCUUGAUUGGCUCUGGCGGUCCGUAGCUUUGGCUCAGGGUCCAACGUAAGAUGAAACGGCGGUAUACUAGCUUUAGGUCUACCCACUAGUCAUUCCAACCAGGGCUCUGUGUUCUGACGUCCCCACACUUUCUCGUGUCCUCCUCUUCUCAGUGUUUUGGUACAUACUCAAGUGCUCUGCAUCAUGGACAGAUCUUUUUUUCUUUUUUCGGAGGGGGGGAGGGGGGGUGAGUUGUGUUUCUCUUUCAGGUUAACUUUUUCUUAAUGAAAAAUCAACAUACUCCAGCUUUUCUUAGAAAGAAAUGGUUAGUUUUUGGUGACAUAACAAAUAUUAGGUCAUAUAUUGGGCUACAUUUUGCCCAUGAAAUAGGUAUCUCCUUGCAAACUCCCCCUUCUCCCCCACCCCACCCAGCCUGACCCAUAAAUUCGCCCCUGCUCAUUGCCCUGCAUGUUCUGGUCAGAUAUUGUCUGAGUUGACCUGAUCGACUCCUUUGUUCCCUGCAUUCAUCAUAGGUUUCAAACCGUCCUGAAUCAUGGACGAAGCCUUGCAAGACUGCACUCUUAGUCCCAGUCCUUUUUGGUGGAUCGGGUCUUGCCAUGUUCCCUUCUUGUUUGGACAUCAGGACGCGGUGACGGGUAUCGACAGGUACACUCGAGAGCGAGCCGUCACUUGUGGGGGUCGUGACAACACGCUGCGCAUCUGGAAGGUCGUCGAAGAGUCACAGUUGGUGUAUCAGAGCCACAGCUGCUCUGUGGACUGUGUGAGCAUGAUCAACGAGCAACACUUCAUUUCUGGUGCUGACGAUGGGUCCCUGUGCCUGUGGACGGCAAUGAAGAAGAAGCCGACCUGCACUGUUCACCAGGCCCACGGUGCUCGCGACGGGUCUCCGUUGUGGCUCACUGCUCUGGCUGCACUCAGCUGCACCGACCUAGUUGCCUCGGGAUCUUCCAAUGGAGAAGUGAAGUUGUGGAGUUGCGGUGAUGACUGCAAGAGGCUGACUGAAGUCAUCUCGAUUCCUCUGGAGGGCUUUGUGAACGAGCUUGUGUUCAGCAACUCUGGACAACUGCUGGUUGCGGCGGUUGGUCAGGAGCACAGGCUGGGACGCUGGUGGAACCUGAGGAAAGCCAAGAACUGUGUCGCCAUCGUACCUCUCAAGAUUUCCGACCGACCAGUAGCAGCCCUGGCAGAUGCCUCUGCUAAGCCUGUCCUCAAAGGAAAAGUGCGAUGAGAUACUGGUUAAAAAUAUAAAUAAAAAAACUUUUUUGUAA